AUGGCGGAUGUAGAUGUCCCAAAUACCCAAAAGGCCUUUGUGCCUCUCGAAAACAACCCCGAGGUGAUGUCACACCUGGUGCAUCAACUCGGACUGCCACCAACUCUAGGGUUUACAGAUGUGUUCUCAAUCGAUGAACCCGAACUCUUAGCCUUCGUCCCGCGCCCUUCUCAUGCCCUCCUUCUCGUCUUCCCCGUUUCCAAAACCUAUGAAGCAUCACGUGAAAACGAAGAUGCUACUAAAGCUCCCUACACAGGGUCUGGCCCCAACGAACCGGUAAUGUGGUUCAAGCAAACAAUUCGCAAUGCCUGCGGCCUGAUUGGGCUUUUGCAUGCCGUGUCAAAUGGCGAGUCACGUCAACACGUCAUCCCAGGAUCAGAUCUGGAUACUUUGCUUAAAGAAGCUGAGGGCCUGGAGCCCAUCCAGCGGGCUGAUUUGCUAUAUGAAAGCAAGGCACUUGAGAGUGCACAUGCUGAUGCCGCCAAGUUGGGAGACACCGCUGCACCCGAGGCGGAGGAUAACGUUGAUUUGCAUUUUGUUGCUUUCGUUCGGGGGGUGGAUGGGACACUCUGGGAGUUGGACGGUCGGCGCAAGGGGCCUUUGGCCAGGGGAACCCUGAAGGAUAGUGAAGAUGCUCUCAGUGAGGCUGCGCUUGAGCUUGGCGUGAGGAGAUUCCUGAAAAUCGAGGCGCAGGGUGGAAAUCCGGACUUGCGGUUUAGUCUGGUCAGUCUGGGGCCUUUGUUUGAUUGA